AUGCGAAUCCUAACAGUCCUCGCACUGGGCGCCACGCUCACAGUGCAUGUGGAAAGUCAAUCUGCUUCUCCAGGGAGACAUGCGAGUCUUAACAGACACGCGGCAUUGCGGUUCCAGCUGAAUACUCCUAAGAGUCACAAGCUACAGAAGGUUAUGGGCGAACUUGAAGACGAAGAAAUUGGGGCUGAACUGGGUGCGGAGGUCUCCAAAAGGAGGCAUAUUGCCGCACCCGAGCUAGAAUAUGCGGCACCGGGCGCCGAGGAGGUCCUGCCGGGACAAAUGCCUCCAGCCCCUUCUCCGCCCCCCACAGCAGAGGCCCCAACAUCGCCAGAGGCUGCUUCACAAGGGGUGAUUUCUCCCCAAUAA